AGGUCAUAUAAGCAAAACCUCAAGCUAGCUGUACAGAUCAAACCAGACUUCAACAUAACAGAGCUUUAGUAUGGCAGGCUCUUUGAUCCCAACUGCCGCGCAAGAUGGAGAUGGCGCCAUGCCCUCUGCGCCGCCUAAACUUGGAGGAGGGGCCAAGUCGAAGAAUCAGUUGAGGAGGAUGAAGGCAAAGGCCAAGAAGAUCGCCGAUCAGGGCAUCGAUAAGAGCAACGGUGUCAAGGUCGAAAGAGGAGCAGAGGAGGAUCAGGUCAAGGAAGAGGACGAUGUGCCGAUGCCUGCAUCGUCUGAGGAUUCGGUCUCCUCGCAAGCCAUGUCAUUGGAUCCCAACGAUCCUGCUAUGGCCAUGUUCUCUUCCGUCUUCCAGAAGUUUCAGGGCGAUGUCGUCGAUCAGAUCAUGUCUGACGAAGCCGUCGACAGCGGCCCAAACAAAGCAGAAGUCAUCUACUCGGACGAAGAAGAUGACGACGACGAAGACCGUGAACGGGCUCUGGCGAACCAGCAACGACUGAGCAAGAAGAAGAAGCGUCAGCUUGCCAAAUUAUCGGUCGCUGAGCUCAAACAGCUGGUCAGCAAGCCAGAAGUGGUAGAAUGGGUCGACUGCGAUGCCCGAGAUCCGAGAUUGCUUGUUAGUUUGAAGGCGUACAGAAAUACUGUGCCAGUUCCUGUGCACUGGUCAGCUAAACGAGAAUACUUGUCCGGGAAACGAGGUAUCGAGAAGGCGCCCUUCCAGUUGCCACCUUGGAUCGCCGACACCGGGAUCGCGGAUCAGCGAGACGCGAUCAAGGAGAAGGAGGCGACAAUGUCGUUGAAGCAAAAGACAAGAGAAAGGGUGCAGCCGAAAAUGGGCAAGAUCGACAUUGAUUAUCAAAAGCUACACGAUGCCUUUUUCAGGUAUCAGACCAAACCCUCGAUGUCCAAGUUUGGAGAGGCGUACUAUGAGGGAAAGGAGCUCGAAACCGAUUUGAAGAUGAAGAAACCGGGUGAACUGUCCGAGGAGCUCAAGGAAGCAUUGUCUAUUCCCCCUCUCGCGCCUCCUCCCUGGCUGAUUGCUAUGCAGAGGUAUGGGCCUCCUCCAAGCUACCCGAACCUGAGGAUUGCCGGGUUGAAUGCGCCCAUUCCUGCCGGUGCUCAGUGGGGUUUCCAUCCGGGUGGUUGGGGCAGACCCAUGGUCGACGAGUACAACAGACCGCUAUACGGCGAUCCCUUCGGCGUUUUAGGAGACCAGGACGGACAGUCGGGCGAUGAUAUUGAGAAGGAGUUGUGGGGACAGCUCGAACCAGAAGCUGAAGAAUCCGAAGAGGAGGAAUCCGAGGAUGAAGAAGAGGACGAGGAGGACCUCAUCACCUCGGGUCAUGCACCGGACGAGGGCUUGCGAACUCCUUCUGGCAUGGAAACACCAUCUGGCAUGCAAACAGCGAUUUCGACCGUACCUGGCGGUUUGGAGACGCCCGACUUUUUGCAACUCAGAAAGGAUGCCGGACCCGCCGAGAGCGAGGUAUCGGCAACUCCUGUGCCACGGGAGCUGUAUCAGGUUAUUCCCGAGAGGCAGACGAGUUCGAGAGGUUUCAUGGGCAGUUCAACGACUUACGAUGUUGCUGGUCUUGGAGCCGGUGGAUCUGGGGGGCCUAGGGUUCUGGGUCAAGACGAUCGAGGUACCAAGCGCAAGGCUGGAGUUGAGAUGGCCGUUGACCCGGAUGACCUCGAGGGACUUUCACAGGAAGAACUUCGGGCCCGCUACGACGCUUCGAAAUCGCAGAGCAAUCGGGUGCAUGUACCGGGAGCUGACGUUGACAGGCGAGAGUUUGACGAUGUCAUCGCUCAGGCCAAGAAGUCGCGGACGAGUGAAAGGGGUCGGGGUGGAGAUCGGGACCGACGGGAAAAGGAAAAGUUCAAGUUCUAAGCCGGAAGUCGGUGCUCUGUAUCCUGAUUGUCUCCCGUAUCUAUCAUCCACACUAUUUGUAGUCGUCUACGGACACGUGGGGUAGACAAACUCCGCUGAGCCGGGUACAAGGUGACGUGAACUUGGAAUCAUGACGAAUAACGCGCCAUGACGCCG